AUGGCCAUAGAAAUCUCCCCAGAAGCGGACUUCAAUCUCGCGCAACAGCAAAAGUUAUUGAACAAUACGGAAAGCUUCGAUAAUCUUGAUCUUCCACGUCCGAUCAGCACAGUUCCAACGGAUGAUAAUACAACCGAACCCGAUACCUUCAUAAUAUCACCGCGACGACAUAAAACACGUCGAAAAGGGACUACUGCUGCAGGCAGUGCGCAUCGCAGCAAGCCGAAAAAACGAAAAAAUGUCAUGCAGAUGGCAUUACAGUCAGCCGCACGGAAGGGACUGGAAGCGAUGAUCGAGCUGUACGAUCGCGCUGAACCAAAUCUACUGAAACGAGGCGCCAUUUUGGAUACGAAUGAUCCGGGAGCAUUGUUGGCACAGUUCAGUGCUUCCAACCAAACGGAAAUGGAUGCCAAAGCUGCGUACGCAACACUUGUCGCUGCAAAAACAUUCAAAGAAAGCACCAACGUCGAGUAUGUGGCCAUCGGUCGACAAGCGCCGCCGAAAAUUUCACUGAAGAAAACACCGCUCGAGAAGUUGUGUCCGUCGCGGGACGCGCCACGCUGUGUCCCUGCCAGCCUGCGCUAUAGAACGCACGAUGGAACGUGCAAUAACGCCCGCAGGCCACGCUGGGGAUCGGCACAGAUGCCCUUUCAUCGGUUCCUGGCUCCCGAGUAUCAAGAUGGUGUUGAAGGCAUACGUCGAUCCGUUACUGGUGCAACGUUACCAUCGGCUAGAUUCGUCAGCCUCGUGGUGCAUGGUUCCCGCAAUGAAGAAGCCCCGGUGACGAUGAUGUUGGCCCUUUGGGGACAGCUGAUUGACCACGACGUGACGGCCACGGCCCAGCCGCGCAGCAUUAACGGUUCCACGCCCCGAUGUUGCAACGGAGGCGAAGAAAGCACCCAUCCCUCCUGUUUGCCGAUCAAAGUUCCGCACGACGACCCUUGGCUGUCGCAUCUAGGCGUGCGCUGUUUGGAGUUUCUCCGGUCGGCACCGGCGCAACGCCGCGACUGUCUGCUCUCGUGGCGGGAACAAACAAACCAGGCCACCUCCUUCCUGGACGCAUCACCGAUCUACUCGAGCAAUCCGCGAUCGUCGGACAAUGCGCGGAUCUUUCGUAACGGGCUGCUGCUGUUUGGCCGUGGUCCACCGCACGAGGACGUCUGCUUUCGGGCGGCCCUAGCGAACCAGUGCAUACGGCCCGGCGACAGUCGGAGCGGUGAGCAACCGGGACUGCUUAUGAUGCACAUGAUAUGGGUGAACGAACACAAUCAGAUCGCGACGCGCCUCUCCGACAUAAACCCCCACUGGAGCGAUGAGAAAGUGUACCAGGAAACGCGGCGCAUCGUGGGCGCCCUUUUCCAGCACAUUACCUACCGGGAGUUUUUGCCGCUGGUGCUGGGCAAGGAGGUGUGUCGGCUGUUCGACUUGGAGCUGGAAACGAGCGGCUACUACCGGAACUACGAUGCUAACGUGAACCCUACCAUAGCGAACGAGUUCUCGGCCGCUGCAUUCCGUUUCGGCCAUUCGCUAAUUCAGAGCACGUACAUGCGGACCGACCGGCACCACCGGUUCAUUGCGAACAAUGUCAGCCUGCACGAGGACACGUCCGAAGGUGACUUUGGAGGUCCGGGUUCGUUGCACCGAUUGCUGCGUGGUAUGGUCAACCAGAGGGCACUGAAGCGCGACGAGUUCAUCACGGCCGAGCUGACAAAUCAUCUGUUCCAAACGAAAAGUUUUCCGUUCGGGCUCGAUUUGGCUGCGAUCAACAUUCAGCGGGGCCGUGAUCAUGGGCUUCCAGCGUACGUCAAUUGGCGUGGUCCGUGCGGUCUGUCGUCGGUGAAAGAUUGGUCCGAUGUGGAACGCAUCAUGGGUCCAGCGUCGGCGAAUCGUCUACAGAAGGCCUAUCGUACCGUUGACGACAUUGACUUGUUUGUCGGCGGUCUAGCGGAACGUCCGGUGGUGGGUGGAAUCGUAGGUCCCACCUUCUCGUGCAUCAUUGCUCAACAGUUCAGCAAUUUGCGGAAAGGCGAUCGGUUUUGGUACGAAAAUCCGGGCUUCGAAUCAUCCUUUACGCCUGCCCAGCUCGAAUCGAUUCGACAGGUAGCGUUCUCGCAGGUACUUUGCCGUGCACUGGGCGGUGGCGGAACACUGCAACCAUUCGUGUUUCUUCCGUCGGACUUUGGCCAGAACGAACGACUUCCGUGUGAAUCGCGACUUAUGGCACCCGUCGACCUGACGCCGUGGAAAGAACGCGACCCAUUCAACAACGACACCGGUGACGAAGACGAGGACGAGGAAGACGAAGACGAUGACGAGACGGUGCCGGCCAACGGUGCAAUACCUACAGCCGACCAAGACACUGCACAAUCUGCGACAUUUUCCACAACAACGACCACUACACGACGUCCCUCUUUGGUACCAGUAACGACUUCAAGUAACGUCAUCAAUAAAGUGGACCUCAUAACGAACGGCAACACUGGUGUGCAACCGAACCGACAGAGACCACCGUCUUCGACGUUGACCGUUGGCCCAACAGUUGUUGUGAGCAACAAAGUUGACCUGACACCGACAUCCAAUAGACCACCGCUGCCCAGUGGACAGUUUUCGACCGCGACUAUCAUAGACCACAAACUGGACCUUAAGGUAACUACAAAACCUACCCAGAAACGCAAACCUACGCGCAAAACGACUACCAAGAAACGACCUACACCGUCAGCGACCAGACCGCUAGUGAGCAAUAACUUGGACUUCUCCGCGUCACGUAAUGCAAACGGCACGAACGAAGACUCAACCGACCGACCGCAAACACUUGUACGUACGAGACGGACAUCGAGCAUAGCCAGCGAUCGGGACGGACGUUACGGGUACUACCAAACAUCUCCUCCGCCGCCUGAUUACAAUGACUACGACGAGGAUUACAAUACGGACUAUGAUCCUCCUCCACCGUACUUUGCCUAUGGCUAUCAUCGGCCAACUACUACAACGACUACAACGCAAUCACCACCGUACGGGUAUUACCCUCCGUAUGGGGGAGGGUACUACGCGGCCCAACCGACGCCACCUCCUCCUCCUCCUUCUCCACCACCAAACCCAUACUUCGACACCCGACGACCGAUACGUACAACGACACCGCGACGAAGACUCUCGGACAAACUUACCCUGAACGCCGACCUACCAUCGCAACACGCGUCGCAGCGACCCCGGACAUCGACGUUUAGACCACCGACCGACACUAACUUUCACAAGACACCUUCCAAUAAACCAUUCAAACAACCUUCUCUCGCACAAACUUCUGUCUUCUCUGUAGACUUCAAAAGCCUUCCCACUGGAAGUCGUAGCCUCCUAUCUACUAACAGUAAUAGAACUCUAUCUCCUGUUAUCUCCGCAACCACUACUACUGGUAACACUACUUCCGUUUCCAAUGGAUCGUCUGUCGCUCUGACAGCUACUCGAACCGCUUUUCCUACUUCUGGGGAUCUUCCUAUGAAACUUUCGGAGUCUUUCUCUGUCUACGACUACGGCAAUGACUACGACGAUACCGUACCGCAUCCUAGUCGACAGACAGUAACGCACGCGGACACUGAGGGUGACCGACUACAGGUACUUCCAUUAGACGAACACGACGGCUAUCUACGACCGGAACAAACACAUUAUGAACCGCUUGUACGCCAAUCCGUAAUCAGCGCGGAUCUUACUUAUCGAGACUAUUGGACGAAGGAAAGAACGAACACUAGGAAUUAUACUGACUACUUGACUGCAGGAACUUUGCGACCUCUGUACCACGACCUUGGACAAGAUCACCGUUAUGCACCUGGACAUGACAAACAGCUACUACUAGAUGAGUACUCGGACAAGUUCGUGGGACUAUUACUAAACGGUGAAAAUCGCGACGAUACGACUCCGGACAAGAACGAUCGACCAACAGUGACCCUGCGGAACCGUAACAGAUCGAGAAUGAUUGACUCCGACCGGACGCAUAAAGACACGCGCUACCCAACUGAACAACGUUCUAUCCGAGACGACAUAAGCAAAGACAGAACAACGGUAACCAAACUCAAAAACAAACGACCGAUCAACAAUAGACCGAAGACGUCCACCAAAAACCCGAGUGCUAUUUCUUUGGUACCGUUUGUACUACUAACAAGCAUUGACAGACCGGACAAUUGGGUAAUGUACCAUUCCAAACCAUCAAAACAUCGAAAACCGCCGGUGACCGUGCCACUGCUGAAGAGUGACACAAUUUCGCUUAGCGAGUUGCCAAAACCGAUGGCCGAUCCGGACUGAAGUCACAUUCGGCUGAGUUUGUGUUCCAAUUUACAAUGCAUUUCCAUGACUACUGCACUGCAUACCUUACAUUAUCAUCAUAUGACUAUUUAUUUAUUCCACAACAUAAAAUAAAAUUUUAUUGAA